AUGGACUCGCAGUCUCACGUUCAUUCAAUGUCUGCGGCCCUAAGGCACCGGCGAGGCAUCAUCGCAACUGUACUCCUUUUAGCGGUUGUAUUACUUUUCUGGUACCAGCUGCGGAUUUAUUCCAAACCAACACCUCCAGCAAACAGCCCACAUCACGGUGGCAGCUCCGGAAGCCAGUGGGACCGCAAGCGAGAUGGAAACACCCUUAUAUUCAAUACUCAGCGCUGCCAGUCUGCUUUUCCAGGGCUCUUUGAAGAGAUUGACCGUGCAAAGCGGGAGAGAACUUAUCGUCAUAUAAGCCGGAACGAAAUCGAUUCUAUAACACCGAAAAACGGUUAUAUUCGUGCUAUGAUAUAUAAUCAACAACUCUAUAUUAUUCAUAGAAAUGGAACUAUAUAUUCUCGAGAAUAUGCGACUCUGCAAGCCCUAAAUCGCGCAAUCGUCUCUUCUCCCGAUCCUCUCCCGAAUAUCGAGUUUGUCUUCAACACCGACGACAAGGUCGAUUCGGUCGCUCAGUGGGGAUAUGCACGACGCCCGCAGGAUAAAGACAUGUGGCUUAUGCCUGAUUUUGGAUACUGGUCCUGGCCUGAGACGAAAGUUGGAACAAUGCAAGAAGUUCAGACGAAAGCGGAGCAAGAAGAACAGACCUGGACAUGGCCGAAGAAAAUUCCCAAGUUGUUCUGGAGAGGCGCCACAAUGGGCUUGGAAGUACGUGACAAGCUUAUUGAAGUCACCCAUGGACAGCCGUGGGCAGACGUUAAGCCGAUCAUCUGGCGUGACAAGGAUAGUAUGAAAAACGACCUAAGGUCAAUGCCUGAACACUGCGAGUUUAAAUACCUUGCCCAAACGGAAGGAAACAGCUAUUCCGGGCGCUUGAAGUAUCUUCAAAGCUGCAAUUCGGUUGUCAUUUCCCAUACACUGGAGUGGAUUCAGCAUCAAUCUCCUCUAAUGAAGAGCUCUGGACCGGAACAAAACUACGUUGAAGUACGGAGGGACUGGUCCGACCUCCAUGAGAAGAUCCAGUGGCUUGAAAGUCACGAAAAUGAUGCAAAGCGAAUCGCACAAAAUAAUGUCAAAACCUUCCGAGAACACUAUCUCACGCCAGCAGCAGAAGUUUGCUAUUGGAGGCACCUCAUACGGUCUUGGUCUGAAGUAAGCUUCAAGCCCGAGUUUUAUAAAGAAGUUAAUGGGAAGAAAGUCUGGCGAGGACUACCUGUUGAAUCAUUUUUAUUGGAGAGACGCUUAGAAUGGGAACCUUACUGA